AUGUCGUCCUUUGAUGAAUCCAACUAUGUGACGGUUCCGUCGCCGCCCUUUGACACCAUCUCCUCCAUUAGAUAUCACCCGUCCAACCCUGAUCAACUACUAGUGUCUGCAUGGGACACGACUGUCCGAUUCUAUGAGAUAGGGGAGCCAGGUGGCAGGAAAAACGAGGCGAAGGCGAAGUUUGACCACCGGGCGGCCGUUCUGGCAUGUUCGUUCAAUAUGGAUGGGACGAGAGCGUUCAGUGGGGGUUUGGACACGUCUGUGCGAGAACUCGACCUCGGAAGCGAGAAGAUCUCUAAUCUCGGUACACACUCGGACAGCAUCUCCUCCAUGACCUUUGCUCGCUCUACCAACUCCCUAAUAACCGGCUCUUGGGACCGUACACUGCGCUUCUGGGACCCACGCGCCGCAAAUGCACAAACGGGAUCCUACACAACCCCAGAGCGCAUCUACAGCAUCGACCAUGUCAACCACACACUAGUCGUAGCCAUGGCGAGCAGGCUGUUCCACAUAUAUGACAUUCGCAAGAUGGACACACCGGCGCAGCAGAGGGAGAGCAGCUUGAAGUACAUGACGCGAAGUCUGGCGUGCAUGCCUGAUGGCGGAGGCUAUGCAACCGCAUCUGUCGAAGGCCGCAUCGCGGUCGAGUACUUCGACCCAUCCCCUGCUGCACAAGAGAAAAAAUACGCCUUUAAAUGCCACCGGCAGACCAUCGGCGACACGGACCAUGUCUGGCCCGUCAAUGCACUCGCCUUCCACCCGACGUACCACACCUUCGCCUCGGGUGGGUCCGACGGGACGGUGUCGAUUUGGGACCACAAGGUCAAGAAGCGGCUACGUCAGUACCCCAAGUUCGUAGGCCCUGUCGGUGCGCUGGCGUUCAAUUGCGACGGGACGCGUGUAGCGGUGGGGGUUGGCUAUAUGUGGGAUGAAGGGGAGGAAGGUAUGAGGAGUAAUCAGGUCACGCCGUGGGUUGGUGUAAGGAAGGUGGGGGAUGAGGUCAAGCCGAAAUCGUGGACAGGCAACUGA